UGUGUGUGACGCAACGGAAGUCGUCAGGUCGAAUCAGCAGACAGGAAAUGGAGAGCGGGGCCUCAUCGAUACAUUAGCUGUGUUCACAGACACGAUCAGUGUGAUCGAUUAGAGUGUUGAUGGUGGACUGAUGUUGGUGAUCGGAACCCAUGGAGACCCAUGAGGAGAAGCCUAUCAUCUACACGAUGGAGAACAAACCCAUAGUGACCUGUGCGGGUGAUCAGAAUCUGUUCACGGCUCUUUUCAGCUCAUUGACCCAACAGCUGCCCAGAGAGCCUAUGGAAUGGAGAAGUGAUCUGAUUGGAUGCAGUGAGGUUCUGGACGCCCAUCAUAAAAGGUCUUACGGUCGAGCACCAAAGAUGAUCUACCUGGAGGCCAAUUUUGUCCAGUUUAAAGAAGAUCUGCUUCCUAAAGAUGGAAAUAAAGCUUUGCUCACCUUCCCCUUUCUGCACAUAUACUGGACCGACUGCUGCGACACCGAGAUAUAUAAAACAUCUGUCAAAGAAGACAUGCAGCGUUGGCAGAACGUCCUGCGUCUCCACGGCUCACAGGAUUGGCUGAUUGUGGUGGUAGAGACGGACAACAAGAAGAAAAACAAAACCAACAUCCUGCCGCGCACCUCCAUCAUGGACAAGAUCCGCAAUGACUUCUGUAACAAGCAGAGCGACAGGUGUGUGGCUCUGUCGGAUCCUCUGAAGGAGUCAUCUCGUUCUCAGGAGUCGUGGAGUUCGUUCCUCACUAAAGUCCGCACGCUGCUCCUCAUGUCCUUCACAAGAAAUCUGGGUCGGUUCGAGGAUGAGAUGAGGACAAUGAGGGAGAAACGCACUGAACCUGGCUGGAGCUUCUGCGAUUACUUUAUGGUGCAGGAGGAGUUGGCGUUCGUCUUUGAGAUGUUGCAGCAGUUUGAAGAUGCUCUGGUCCAGUAUGAUGAAUUAGAUGCUCUCUUCACACAGUAUGUGCUCAACUUCGGUGCUGGAGAUGGUGCUAACUGGCUGGGCUCGUUCUGUCAACCGGUCCGGAGCUGGAACGGACUGCUGUUACGGAGACCCAUUGACAUGGAGAAGCGUGAUCUGAUCCAGAAAGGAGAUGCCAGUCUGUUGGAUCUGCGCAGUUAUCUGUUCUCGCGUCAGUGCACGCUGCUCAUCUUUCUGCAGAGACCGUGGGAGGUGACGGUCAGAGCGCUGGAGCUCCUCCACAACUGUGUACAGGAACUCCGACUGCUGGAGGUCUCCGUAGUUUGUGGCGCGCUGGACUGCUGGGUGUUUCUCAGCUGUCUGGAGGUUCUUCACAGGAUUGAGGGCUGUUGCGAUCGUAGCCAGCUGGAGGCAAACUUCUCUUACACUGUGGGCCUGUGGACCUACGCCACCGAGAAGCUGAAAUCUUUGGGGGAUCUGUGUGGUCUGGUGUCGGAGAAUGGCCCAAACUCGGAGGAUCUAAACAGGACUGUCGACCUGCUGGCCGGUCUGGGAACAGAAAGACCAGAAACGGCCAACAGCCCCCAGAGUCCGUACAAGAAACUGAAGGAGGCGUUGUCGUCUGUGGAGGCGUUUGAAAAACACUACCUGGAGCUGUCUCAUGCCGCUAUGGAGAUGUACAGGGCUAUCGGACGCCUGCGCUCAGCUCGUCUUGUUGGAAAGAGUCUGGCUGAGUUUUACAUGAGGAAAGGUGACCCUCAGAGCGCUGAGAUGUUUCUUCAGGAAUCUCUGAAGUCAUACGUGUCAGAGAACUGGAGUUUACCCAUCACGCAUACACGUAAACAGAUCGCCGAGUGUCAGAAACAGCUGCAGAAGAUGGAGGAAUACCUACAGACGAGUGCUCUUCUCGCCAGUGAUGCCAACCUGAGCGAAGACGAAAGGAAACACUUCUGUCAGGAGAUCCUGAACUUUGCCAACCAGAGUCCAGAGGGCAAAGAUCAGCGUGUCGCUCUCAGUCUGAGCUCUCUCGCUCAGCAUCGAGAGCUGCGUUUCCAGCCCGCCUCGGCGCUGGUGCACGUCGGCGCCACUCUGCAGCUGGAGCUGCGUCUAUGCGGCCUGAUGCCCGUCCCUGUGCGGCUGGAGCAGCUUGCCGCCAGCGUUCACUUUGCCGUGGAGCAGCCGGGUCAGAAACGCUCGGGACAGAACACAGACGGUACUGUCACUUUCCCUGUCACGAGUCCGAUGUCGACGUCUCCAGCGCUGGAGCUCUGCGAGAUCCACGAACACAGUCCAACUGAUAACGCGCUCAACCUUGCCGGCGUGGUCUGUAGGAACAUGCACCUGCUAAUGCGGCGGAACGACAGCACCACGUCCCUGGAAACGCCCAAUGUGGCACCGUCCGCCAUCGCUAUGGAAGACGGAGCUCGGAUGCUGAAGGCUAAUGAUGUCACUCUGUCACCUGGCGACAACAGCAUCAUCUUCACCGCACCUAGUGAAAAGCCCGGGACGUAUACUCUACGACAGCUGUGCGCUACGGUCGGCCGUGUCCAGUUUGUUCUGCCUCACAUUUAUCCUCUGGUGCAGUAUGAAGUUUACUCGCAAGAGCCACAGCUCACCAUUCAACCUCUCACAGAAAACCUAUUGGCCGGCUUACCACAGCAAGUGAAAUUUACAAUCCUGACGGGUCACUACACGGUAAAGAAGGGAGACGCUCUUCAACUGAGUAAUACAGACUGCAUGCCUGUGCUGAACUCCACUACAUGCAGCGCUCGAAUCCUCAGCAGCUCUGGAGAGCUGCUGGGUGAGAGCGUGCUGUCCAUUCAGUCGUCUGAGAAAGUGACGAGCAUCUCUCUCCCUCUGACUCCGCCCUAUCACACGCUGGAGUUUCUGGUGGAAGUGCUCUGUCAUAUCCCAUCAUGCCCUGCGCGGAUGGAGAGCGGACAGCUCACUAACGGACAGAUCAAUCAUCACUCGCGAAGCAGAACGCGCUUUAACUUCGCCAUGACCACCAUAGACCAGAAGGUGUCUGUCGAUUGUCCGUGGUCCAUUUACUCCACCCUGCUCUCUCUCACGUUCCACGUGCCCUUUAAAGUGAAACACUCUCUGCUGUCUUCAGGACGGAGGAAGUUCAUCCAGGUUUGUCUUCAGAAUGUAUCGGACACUAACUUUCGCCUGAGAGAUCAGACGCUAACUGAGAUUCAUCACACACCUUCGGUGAAACUGCAGCUUCUCGUUCCUCAGACACAGAACCUGGUGUUGAGUAAGCAGUGUGUGUUCAGCGUUUGGGAAGUAAAGUGGGACGGCGCUCCUCCGGCCGCACUGAACUGCCAGUUUUCUGCCGGUUUCGCGCCUGCAGACGCAUCGGACGCUGCGAUCAGACCCUACAGAUACGACUUCAUGCUGGAAAGAGUUUCGACUGUGUACAGUGUACGAGCAGAGAUCCAUCCGUCCGCGGGAGAGCAGCACUGCCGCACCGGCACCCUCUGCAGGUUGGAGGUGUCACUCACACGUCUGUCUGAGCCCGACGACACGGACAGAACAGACGAGGAGAUCAGUGAGGCGGAGGGUUUGCGCACCUCCAGACUUAUGUAUGAAGUAAUUGAUAACAACAGUAACUGGGCGGUGUGCGGCAAGAGUUCAGGGGUUGUGUCCAUGCCGGUUGCUGCCAUGGCAACGCACAAGGUUCAAAUGGAGAUAAUGCCACUGUUCGCGGGACACCUGCCCUACCCUAAAAUCAGAGUGUUUAAAUAUCUGCCGCACCACACCAGCCCCGUCAUCCCGGCAGACACCGACUCCUGUCUGGAAAACGACAGCCUUUCUUUGCUGGAUAAAGCGCUGGAGGAUCAGAGUGACACGGCGAGUCUGCGCAGCCGGGGUAGCAUUCACUCACUGGGCAGUGGCGAGCAGCAGCCGAGGGGUCUCCCGAUGCCAAAGCGUGAGGCGUUCGGCCCCGGUCAGGUGUUCGUCUGCACGCAGGGCCGCCAGGUGUUAGUGCUCCCCGGCACUGACGAUCACGUGCUGGAGGUCAACGUCACAUGACACCUAUGGACGGCCCUGCACGGCCACCUCUGCGCUCUUGUUGGACUACAGACGGGGGUCACGGGCGUCACUGGAAUGGGCGGGCGGACGUUGGGUGUCGGUCUGGCCUGAACGCAGAAACACACAAACACAUCACUGGAGCCUGAGGAACAUCUGCUGUCUUAAUACUUUGAUUUGACUCUGUUUUUACUGCACUUAAUGUUUCGCUCCGCUGCGACAGACACUAGUUGGAGCUCAUGCUUUAUAUUUCAGUCUCAGACAUCCCAUAAUGCCCUGCGGCCCUUCAUCCUCCUGUGCUCAGGUGGCCAUCUCUCGUGAAGAGCGUGACUUUUGCAUCUGUGUGUUUCUUGCACUACAUGUUCAUUUCAGUGUUGUGUGUGCGUGUGUGUGUUGCUUUACUGUCAGCUCGUGAGAGCGCCACCUGCUGUACAUACAUAGAUAAUAUUUAAUAUGAGUCACUGUAUGGAUGCAUCGGCUGAACCAAAAUCCAGGUAGAAGAGGAAAUACAUCACGCGAGUCACUGAAAUGAAAGAACAAUGAUUAUUUUCACUGGGUGUUAUUGGGUGAAAUAUAUUUAUGAUGAUUUUUUUUGUUGUUGUAAAGGUUCGGUUGAAGCAGAUGACACACACAAGACCUCAACGUUUCUCUAUCAAGAGUUUAAUGUCCAGCCUGAAGUCUUUAUUGAUUGCACAGUAUUGUUUAUUUUCCAUUGUCUAUUUUUAAGACUGUAAGAUAAUACACAAGCUUGUGUGCUGAUCUGGGAACAGCUGUGUGUUCAUCUUUAAAGCUUAUUGUCGUAAGGCCAAAACUGUUCCUGCAGUAGAGCAUUAGAGGUUUUAUAUAAACUCAUUUGAUUUAUUUUGUGGCUUUCUCGCUUGGGUUCAGGGACGAUGGGAUCAGCUGAUGAUCGUUCAUUCACCUCAUGACUCUUGAAAGUUCUGGACUCAGAACAUUGACAGUUUUCACAAACUGUUUGUAAAUUGUUCAGUCAAUGAAACAUUAGAUUGUACUUGGAUUAUUUAAAAAUAUGUAUCAUACAGCUGAAAAUAUACAUAUGUUUUAAAAGGG